UAUAUAUACCCUUCCUUCACCCUUACCUUCAUCUUCGCCAUUCAAUUCCAAUUUCAAUCCCAAUUUUCUCCCUUUCUUCCCAAGAAAAACAAAUCCCCAAACAAUUUUCUUGUUUCUUUUCACUAGAUUCUUGCAAUUUUAAUCCAAUUUCAUCCUCACUAAUGAAGAAAUCAGGUUUUUUCGCGGCUUCUUUCGCGGCUGCUGCUUCUGCUACUGCCAUGUCCGCUUCUUCCUCAUCUUCCAACACUACCUUUACGUGUAAUUCCAAUUUGCAGAAUUCUCAUGAGGAAGGUAAAGAACAAAAAAGAUCAGCUUCAACAGAGAAAUUUGCUCCAAGAUUUGAUGGUUUGAGGUUUAUUGAGACUCUGGUGACUGCUCAUAGAUAAGAUUUUGAUCAUCAAUGUCAUCACUAAUUGAAAGAUCAAAAAAUUUGUUAAAUCAUUAAAAAGUCUUACUUUUGUUUUAGUUUUUUUAAUUUUAGAUAUGAAUAUGAUGAUUAUGAGAAGAACUUGGAAUUGUUCUUUUUGAGUCAAGUUUUGUAACUGUGUUCAUAUUGUAGUUUUUUAUUUAAAUGUUAAAAAUCUGUCUAGUUGUGGCAUGUUUUUACUUGCUUUGGAUGCCACUUGUCAUUGUAUGAUUGGUUGUCAGAAUGAUAUAUGUUUUGUGCUAGACAAUUCCAUGAGAUGAGAUUUUGGGAGGAUGCUAAAAUUCAAAUUUCAAUGUGUUAUUUCAA